UAAACGGGGUUACCAGCAAUUAUUUUAACAGGCAGGUGCCCCAGCACGAAGCUUCCCACUGACUUUCAGAGACAGCUCCUAGGUGACACGAGUAAACUUGGCGAGUGGCGUUAGCGGCGGUGGCUGCAGAUGGGUGGUAUAAAUAGAGCAUCGCCGGUGCAGGAGUGGGAUAACAAACCGGAUUGAUCAGCUGACGCGCACCGCCCUGACUCGCAGACUCACACGCGCGCGUGAUUUGUUCGUUCGUCUUUAACCUUCUUUCGUCUCCUCUUCGACCUGCUGGAUCACACAACUCUCACAGCUGCUUUGCUGAUUUUUUUUUUUUUUUUUUUGAAAUCUCCUCCACUUGUUGAGCGUCGUUCCGCCCUGGAGAUGUGGCGGAUGCUGUUUCCACGGUGGAUCUGUUUCCUGGCGUGCGCGUCUGUGUGGAUGGAGGCGCGGGUCCGAGCUCUGCCCCGCAUCACCUACUCCCACGCGGGCAUCUGCCCCAAUGACAUGAACCCCAACCUGUGGGUGGACGCCAUGAGCACCUGCACGCGCGAGUGCGAAUCUGACCAGGAGUGCGAGCCCUUCGAGAAGUGCUGCCAGAACGUGUGCGGCACGCGGAGCUGCGUGGCCGCGCGCUACGUGGACGGGAACAAGGGUCCCGUGGGGAUGCCCGACGAGGCCACGUGCGCCAGCUUCAUGUGCCCGCAGCAGGGGUCCGAGUGCGACGUGUGGGACGGCCAGCCCGUGUGCAAAUGCCGGGACCGGUGCGAGAGGGAGCCCCACUUCACGUGCGCCUCCGACGGCAUGACCUACUACAACAAGUGCUACAUGGACGCGGAGGCGUGCUCCAAGGGCGUCGUCCUCACCGUGGUCACGUGCCGCUUCCACCUCACCUGGCCGAACACCAGCCCCGCGUUGCCCCGGGCGACCACCCCGGGCCCCACCACCGCGCCGCAGGCGACCAGCUUCUCCGUGCCGCCCGCGGCGCCCGUCCUCGUGGGCGGCCCCACCCUCCAGACGGUGAGCGUGGGCGACACGGCCAGCUUCCUGUGCGACGUGACGGGCGCCCCGCGGCCGGACGUCACCUGGGAGAAGCGGCUGCCCGAGGGCGCGGAGCGGGUGGUGAUGAGCCCCAACCACGUGCGUGGGAACAUGGUGGUCACCAACAUCGGCCAGCUGGUCAUCUACAACGCACAGCCGCGAGACUCGGGCGUCUACACGUGCACGGCGCGGAACCCGUCCGGCUCGGUGAGGGCCGACCACCCACUCGCCGUCCUGCCCCCGGACCCACGCCCGGCAGAGGACACGGACACCCGCUGCCCGCCCGCGGGGUGCGUGAAACCCCCGGAUGACCCGCGGGGCUGCGGGAGUGAGCUGGAGAAAGUCUCCUGGUACUUCGAGGCGAACAACAACAGCUGCUUGGCCCACGCCCACUGCCACGGCGGUGGGGAGGUGAUGGAGACGCACGAGGAGUGCAUGCGGUGCUGCGGCCCGGAGCUGUCGGGCCCGUGCGGCCUCCCCAGCCUGCAGGGGCCCUGCAAAGCGUACGAGCCGCGCUGGGCCUACAGCGGCGCCCUGCGGCAGUGCCGCUCCUUCAUCUACGGGGGCUGCGAGGGCAACGGCAACAACUUCGAGUCGAGGGAGGCGUGCGAGGAAGCGUGCCCCCACCCCACGCGCCACCGCUGCAAAGCCUGCAAGCCGAGGGGCAAGAUGGUGGCGAGCUUCUGCCGCAGCGACUUCGCGAUCGUGGGCCGCAUGACGGACGUGACGGAGGAGCGCGACUCCGGCCACGCGCUCGUGGCCGUGGAGGAGAUCCUGAAGGACGACAAGAUGGGCCUGCGCUUCCUGGGCCACGAGCCCCUGGAGGUCACCUUCGUCAACGUGGACUGGAGCUGCCCGUGCCCGAACGUCACGGGCGCCGCCGCGGAGGGGCCGCUCAUCGUCAUGGGCGACGCGCGCGACGGCGUGGCCGUGAUCCAGCCGGAGAGCUACGUGGGCGCGUCCAGCCCGCGGCGCGUGCGGAAGCUGAGGGAGCUCGCCUCCAAGAGCGCGUGCGACAUCCUCAAAGCGAUGACUCCCAGCCCCGAGUAGAGCAGCCGCAUUUGCAUAUUCUGCGACCCCGCGUUCUCAGCAUUCGUGGUUCUGUUUCGACUUGUUUCGAGUUUUUUUGUUUUUCCUUCCUGCCGCAUUUAACGAAUUAAUCGGGCUGCGUCGGAUCGGGACCGCCGUGAUGUGGGGCUGCGUGCACGCGCAGAAGUGCGUGCGCCGCGUUGCUGCUGUUGAUUGAAAUACCACGCGCGCAGGAGACAUUCAUCACGAUAAAGCCCACAGACUGUGUCAAUCACCUCUCCUGCCUGCAGCAAAUGGAGCCUGCAGACGCGCACCGAGGAACCCAACAGCCAUAAUUAGAUUAGGAUCCAUUAUCAGUCUAUUUAUUGUAUAAUAUGUAUUAUUAAGCUUAUUGUUCUGCCAACGUUCUUAAAAAUUGAACCUAAGCUCAUCAAAUUCAUACAUUGGUUGUAACAUAUUUUAUUAAUCACUUUUUUACUUUUAUAUAUUUAUUAUUAAACCCUUUUUUACUUCUGUGACGUGUAAAGAAUGAAGAUGAAUAAAUAAAUAAACAUGUUACAUUUUUC